GUAACCUUCAAAUUGUCUUGGAAAAUUCUCCACACCUUUUUUUUAACUGCAACUCUUCCGACUUAAAAAGUAGUUUUGAACUACCCACCAUCAAAUCAGCUAGACUUUAUACCAACACAUAACACAUAAAUCCUUUUCCCAUGCGAUGCCGUCCGAUUUUUCUUACGAGGAGCCCUCCACAGCUCACUUGCUCAUCUUUUCGACAUAUCUCUGGUUGCUAAACAUGGCGCGCUGGUUUGUCCAGCGCAUAACAGGAGCAGGUUUACUUGGCGAAAUCGCCAUAGGGAUGAUUUUUGGAUCACCACUCGCACAGUGGUUGGAUGUUGACUGGCAGUCCACAAUGGUCACUAUCGGUUAUAUUGGCCUGCUGGCUAUUGUUCUCGAAGGCGGUAUAACAACUUCAUUACCUCUUUUAAUCCCGCUUAUUCCAAUUUCCAUGGCCAUUGCUUUUACCGGCGUGGCAGGCACCCUCGCCCUCUCUUUCCUCUGCAUUCCAGCUUUCGGCUACAGCCCUCUCUCGGCAUUCGCCUCUGGCGCUGCAAUGUCAUCGACCUCACUCGGCACAACCCUUGCUGUGCUGGCAGGUACAAAAGGGAUUGGUUUUGACCUCCGUCAGACAAAAGUCGGGGUGGCGCUGGUCGGCGCGGCAGUGGCGGAUGAUGUAAUCGCCUUCGUGUUUUCCGAGAUUAUGAAAAUCCUCGGGCGAAGCAAUGGAGGUGUAGGACCUCAAAUUGGGAGGAUUGUAGGGGUGACGAUUGGACUAGGUGCGAUUGCGAUCCCCUUGACGAUCUGGGUACUCAAGCCGCUCCUGACUUCGCAGAGGAGCAAAAAGCUGCUUUUCCAAUCGGGAAGGUUGGGUUCAAUGGGGGUUAUCCUCCUUGUUGCCGUUGGGAUGGUCGCCGCUGCUGGGUAUGCAGGCACUAGUCCUCUUUACGGUAUUUACGUAGGAGGUCUUAUGUUGUCAUAUGUCUCUGAGCCAGACGAGGAUACUGUCGAGACAACCUCCAACUCGGACAUACCUCUCACCCGUAUCAAUACCAACCCUACUCCUGACACUGGAUCUGGCGAUCAAGCUCCAAAGCCUAUCCCGAUGGCGUAUACACUCUCCCGCCAGUCUCUUGACCUUUCUCGCGCUCAUACACACCCAGGCACAAUCGGCUACCACUUUGCUUAUCUGCCCUCUCCUGCGCGCGCACGUCGCCCCGCUCCAGCUGGCAGUGACGACCGUCCUAACCCCCUUGAUUUCGCCAGUACCUACAACGCUUUCCUCUUCCCUCUUGUUGAGUACAUCCUCCUUCCCAUCUUCUUUGGUUCUAUCGGCUACUCUAUUCCAUUCCUUCGUCUUUGGAGGGGAUCGAUCAUCUGGAAGGGGAUCGUGUAUUCGAUAUGGAUGGUCCUCGGGAAACUCAUGUGUGGCUUGUGGUUGUUUUGGCCAUCAAAGAGUAAAGGAGGCAAGAUUAGCGAGGCACAAGGGCUGCCAGUGACCGAGAAGGAGGGUAAGGGUGAUUGGACGUGGAAGGAUAGGGUACCAGCUGUCCUCUUUUUGGGAUUCGCAAUGGUUGCAAGAGGAGAAAUCGGGCUGUUGAUCUCUCAAAUUGGCCGUCACACCCCAAUCCCGUUAUUUGAUGAGGAUGAAUUCUUGAUAGCUAUUUGGGCUAUUGUGGUUAACACCAUCAUUGGUCCAGUGGCUGUAUCUUCGAUACUCAAGAAAUGGAGGGUGGGCGUAGUUAGAGGAGGCUGGGAAUAGCGUCCCAAGUUCUUCGCUCUGUAUCUUAGAUCGUACAUACAUCUCGUAAACCAAUUAUUAGAUUGAAUACUCCUAUUUUCGUCCUGCUAUGCCAAUGUCUAUGAAUAUCUUUUAUAUGUUUGCA